UGUGGUUCCGGGUUCCUGGAGAUCACGGGGCCGCAGCGGGUGUAUUUCGUAAAUCGCUGCCGCCUUCGCCUCCGCUGUCUUCCAGAAACCCCUCUUGAGAGUAGCCGGUGGUGAAGUUGUAGAUAUGGAUGACCACCAUGAAGCAAAAGAUGAGAUACGGUGUGCAACAUCACAAGAGAAAACAAAAGUCAGAGAGGAAAGUAAAAGGAAACGGAAGCGAAGCAGAAGCAGAUCCUCCUCCGUCUCUUCCUCUACAUCUUCUAGUUCUUCUACAUCCUCUUCUUCAAGGUCUUCUUCCAGGUCUUCUGCCUCACAGAGCAGAAGCAGUUCAAGUAGCAGAGAUUCUUCAAAAGUAAAAGCUAAGAAGAGGAAAAAGGAAAAACAUAACAAAAAGAAAAGAAAAAAAGAGAAGAUGAAAAGAAAGAAAGAAAAGAAGAGAAAGAAAGAGAAAUCAGGUCCUGUACAGCUUUCUAAAUAUCUCAAAGAUAAAAAGAAGAAUCAUAACUACAGUAUGAUCACAGGAAAGAAAAUUAAGAUGAAAAUAAAGAAAAGUAAAAAGGAUAAAGAGCGAGAUCGGAACCGAGCAGAACUUCUUGAUUUUUUGAACUCUACUUUUUAGUGAAAAAGCUGUUAAAUGAGGACCAAUAAGUCUGUCAGCUUAUUUAGUCAUCUUACUCCUUAAAGCACCAAAUACAAGCUCAGGGUGAAGCACGAAAGAACAUCUUGAUGCAUGAGGAGUUGAAAUUGCCCCACUAUGAAGAUAAUUGACAGCUCCUUUAAAAAGGGCAAAAUAAUUGGUGACACUUUAUCAACAAAGAGCCAUAUUGAUGUUGAAGAGAACCUAACCAAACUAGGAUGAAGGCAUAACCAUCCAUUAAAGUGAAAGGAUGUGUUGGAAUUUCGGCCUACUUUGAAUAUCCAAAUUGCAUGCAGAAUGCGACUUUAUCAUCAGUUGUCCUUGGUCAUUUUUCUGAUUAAAACCAAAUAUUAGCAAAGAAGUUCUUAAAGAAGAAUCAGACCCAUGUAUAUAGAUAUUUUUAGUAUUGAGAAUAUUUGCAAACAGCAAAAUACCUCCUUCUGAGUAAUGUACAUUCUAAAGCAUUGAGUAAGAUUUUUUAAAAUAAUUUUCUUUUGUAAAGUGUUUCCUUUUUCAAGUUAAUAACAAACACUCUAAUUUCAGUUUAUUUAAUGAGGUGCUAGGCAUUUCAUUUUAAAACUCUGGGUGGUACCACUGUUAAAUGAACAUUAUGAAAUUAGCUUACUGCCCACUGCUGCUUGGUUUUGUUCUUACUUUGGGUAUGAUUAACAUUGAUCAGUAUUGUGGCCUUUCUUUCAGAGAGGCAUGUAUCAAAGUCCACAUUAUGAAAAUCUCAGUGGGCUAUCAAUUUCAGUUGAGUGUAAUGGUAUGGCUAACAGACUGCUCAGAAGACUGGUUGUGGUAUAUAACCUCACAGUGUGUGAAGUUUCAUUUUGUAAGAAAAAUCCAAUAAAAUGUACUGCUUUUGAAUUUGAU